ACACACCACAUGUACCGGCGAGACGACCUUUAGACUCCGACCUCUGAACUCCCACCUCUGACCUGUGACGUCAUUAGCAUGCUGUAAAUAUUCGGAGCCGGCCAAUUUUUCUCGAAUAUUCCCAAAUAUCUGCCGAAUUCUACUAUCCGAUACAGAAUGGCUGACAGUACCACUGGUAGUGGUUCCACUGGAGCAGGGGAUGCUGGGACUGACUCCUCACAGCCACAACAAGGGGUGGUGAGCUACAUGAUGUCCCAUAAGGUGGAUGCUGGUCUGUGGUUGAGUCGAGUCUUCACCGUGGGAUGUUCCCUCCUGUAUGCCAUACCGUUGUUAGGUAUGCAUGUUGCGUACGGCUGCUACCAGCGCGCCCUGAUCAGUAGUGCCAUCACCAGUGUCCUGCGGCUGCACCAGAGACUGCCCCGCCCGCAGCUCACCAGGGAGUUCUUUGCUCAGCUGGUCCUGGAGGACAGCGCGCACUACCUCUUCUUCGCGCUCAUCUUCGUCAACUCAUUCCCCUUCACAAUGAUUCUUAUGCCUGUGUUCCUGUUUGCCCUACUCCAUGCCACAGCCUUCACCAAGACAUUACUUAAUAUCCAGGGCCCGAAUGCGGGACAGUUUCUACGUUCGUUACUCGACAAGCUGGUUGCCAGGCAGCAGGACAUCCUGCGCCUGAUCGCCUGUACAGAGAUCUUCCUGAUGCCGGCAGUGGUCUUCAUGGUGUUUGGAGGACGCAUGAGUCUGCUGGUGCCGUUUAUCUACUACCGUUUCCUGACCAUGCGGUACGCCUCCAGGAGAAACCCAUACUCAAGACAGCUGUUCUACGAGCUGCGCGUGAUGAUGGAGCAGAUGUGUUCCCGCCCCAGCUGUCCCGUCUUCAUCCGCAACAUGUGCACCAAGGCCAUCGGCAUCAUCUCACGCCUGGCUCCGCCCGUCGCACAGUGACAUAGUUUCGCAUAUUUGUCAUUUUUUGUAGCAUGAACAUUAUUGUGUGUUGGUCUCUAUUGUCAAAACAAAUUCAACCUAAACACAAGUAAUCACCAUAUUCUAGAUCCACCUUAUUCUAUUCAUCCGCAACAUGUGC